AUGUCUGCCGGUUUCAGGAUCACACCCGCUCUAUGGGACAGAAUACACCAUUUCGCGUCCUUCCCCCAAACAGGCGUUUCCCUGCAGCAAAUGGUUCUGUUUGGACAGAAUCCAAGCCAGGGCACCCUGUUCAAGGCGAGUCAAUUCCUAGUUGAGGAGUUGCCUGUGCGCCUAGCGCACCGCGUAAAGGAGUUAGAUGAACUCCCUCACAACCUCAGCAGUAUGCCGUCGAUCAAGAAGGUCAAGAAUUGGUAUGCCCAAUCUUUUGAGGAACUCAUUCACUUCCCCACCAUCUCCGUUUCCCGUGAUAUUCGUGCGGCCUUGAUGGCGAGCCCAACGGAAGACACGUACCUCCCAGAGUCGACCCCGAAUCCCUCUCUGGGAGAUUUCGGGGACCACUUCGCCCCGCACAGCUCAGGGAACAUGGGCGCGAACGGAAACGGAAACGGGAGCAGGGUCAAGCUGCGAAUACCAAUGGAGAAGAGAUAUUACGCAAAAACGGGGAACAUCAAUUGGCCCCCAGAAGUGCACGACUACAACAAGCGUUUCACAAAAACGCUCGACGCCAUCAAGAGGCGACAUGAUCCAACGGUGACGACGACGGCACAGGGCGUUUUAGAAUGGAAACGCCGACAAAACGCUCGCAACAUCGGUCUCGACAUCCAGGCCUGGCUCGACCGAUUCUACCUGUCUCGUAUCGGCAUCCGUUUCCUGAUCGGCCAGCAUGUCGCUCUGAACGAGCUCCAGCCUCAUCCCGACUACGUGGGAAUCAUCUGCACGCGUUCAAACGUCCACGACAUCGUACACGAAGCGAUUGAAAACGCGCGUUUCGUCUGCGAAGAACACUAUGCGAUGUUCAAGGGUCCGCCGGUACAGCUCAUCUGCCCCAAAGACCUGCACUUUGCCUACGUCCCGGGACAUCUGUCCCACAUCUGCUUCGAACUGCUCAAGAACUCGCUGCGCGCCGUGGUCGAGCGCUACGGCCACGACAGGGAGGACCAGCUCCCGCCGAUCAAGGUCAUCGUCGUCGAGGGCAAGGAGGACAUCACGAUCAAGAUCUCCGACGAGGGCGGCGGUAUCCCGCGGAGCGCCAUCCCGCUCAUCUGGACGUACAUGUAUACCACCAUGGAAUCGCAAGGUAUCGACCAGGACUUCCAGGCCAGCGACUUCAAGGCACCGAUGGCCGGGUUCGGGUACGGCCUCCCGCUCUCCCGCCUCUAUGCACGUUAUUUCGGAGGCGACCUCCGACUGAUCUCCAUGGAUGGGUUUGGGACAGACGUGUAUAUCCACCUCAACCGCCUGUCCAGCAGUCGCGAGCCAUUGCCUUGA